UUAUUGCGUUGUGUCACUGGGCAACUCACAAACGGACAAUUCAAUUUUAAAUUAGCUGACGAAGAGAAGGGAGCUUGUUCUCUUUAGUCUCGAGAAUAAUCUCAUUCCAUGGUAAUGGAGAUUGGAAGUAGGCAAAAUCUAGUAUAAUAAGUCACAGCAUGGGCCAUGAUUUCAAGUUACCUCAUUCAGCCAUUGCUGAAAGAUGUUUUUAUUUAAACAAGUUGUUUGAUGUGUGAAUGAUAGAGGUCCAUAUCAAUGACAGAGAUAUGAUUGGGUAUAUAUAGGUCGUAGAGAUGAUGACCAUAUUGCUGGGUGAAGAUGAUGGGACAGUUUUAUAUCAUGGAUCAGGUGUAUGAUGGUUCAACCUAUUUGCAACCUGGGUUGGAAAAUGAUAGAUUGGCAAUAACAAGGUGUGGGUCGGCUUUUAAUUGGAGACUUCAUGUUUGUAUUUCAACAUGGAAACUGAUUAUCAGUGUGUUGUUUGUGAAGAGUCUUUUCAACAUCUCACUGAUCUAGAAAACCACAAUAAAAUACAUGUUAAAGAAGAGAAAACUGAUGAUACUGACUUAGAUGAACAUUGCACAGUACAUUUUAGUGAAGAGCAAGCAGAUGAUUUUAAAGCAGUUCAUCAGUGCAUUUCAUGUGAUCUGAAAUUUGAAUUGUACUCUGACUUAGAAGAACAUCAUGAAAUUCAUUUGAAAGAAAACUCUGAAGAGAAAACAUUUGAAUGUGAUCUGUGUAGUAAAUCAUUUAGUAAUAAAGACAGCCUACGAUCUCAUAUGAAAAUUCACAACACAGAGAGGCCAUAUAUAUGUGGUGUUUGCAACGCCUCAUUUUAUUUACUAAAUCAUCUGACUGAUCAUAUGCGGAUACAUACUGGAGAAAAGCCUUUCGCUUGUGAUGUUUGUGGAAAAUCAUUUGGACGAAGGUACAGUCGUAACAAUCACAGAAAAACUCAUAGCGAAGAUAAACCAUAUACAUGUGAUGUUUGUGAUAAAUCAUUUCAUUUAAGUAUGCGUCUUAAAGAACAUAUGAAGAAACAUGCAGAAAUUAAACCCUAUGCAUGCAGGAUUUGCAGUAAAAGUUUGAGUAGUGUGAGUAAUCUGAAGGUACAUAUGAGAAGUCAUACGGGUGAAAAACCAUUUGAAUGUGAUAUUUGCCACAAAUCAUUCACUCAAAAAUUUUCUCUUCAUUCUCACAUUAGAACACAACAUACAAAUCCUGGUGAAAAACCCUAUAAAUGUGAGGAAUGUGGUAAAUCAUUUAAUGAAAAGAGUCAUGUUCGACGGCAUAUGAAAAUCCAUUCUGAUGAGAAACCAUUUAAAUGUGAUAUUUGUGACACAUCAUUUAAGCUAAAUGGAAAUUUGCAAAUUCACUUCAAAGGGGCUUGUCAUAGACAUCGUGCACAGGGGAUCUUUAAUCCGACCCGAGAGAAACGAUUUAAAUGUGAUAUUUGCGACAAAUCAUUUACUCAAAAAUUUUCUCUUAAAUCACACACUAGAACACAACAUACAAAUCCUGGUGAAAGACCCUUUAAAUGCGAUUACUGUGAUAAAUCGUUUAAUGAAAAGAGUCAUGUUCGACGUCAUAUGAAACUCCAUGAGAAACCAUUUAAAUGUGAUGUUUAACAUGUAAUAGAUUCGUAAGGGAAAAUGGAGAACUGAAAACUCCCUUAAAAGGGUUUUGUCAAAAAUAUCACGCACAGGAGAACUUUAAACAUUUGACCCAGUAAAUAUGUAAUUUUUGCAGCAUUAAAAUCAAAAAGCCAAGUUUU